AUGGUUCCGUCGCAUGCAACGGAAGGGCCAAAAUUUUUAGAGCUGCUGGACGAUGUUGAGCAAUUUAUUUUUCGCCCCUAUUGUGCCUCAUCAGAGGGCUUUAGAAGUAUGCCCUUCUAUGCUGAUUCUGCUGCUUUAAUGGAGGCCCUGGCCACGCCAACACAAGGUUGUCGGUUACGCAGAGAGGCAUUGUUGAGUGCCGCAUGCCUCCCUCUGCCCACAUUCGGUGAUGACCACUUGGAGACUUCUGUGCAUUAUUCCCCUUACCGGGUUAGACGACAGCUUGGGUUUGACCAAGGUGUGCCCUCUUCUCCCAACCAUGGAGAUUCCUCGAGCUUGCACAGGGUUUUCUGGACUGGUGACAGCGUGCCGGGAGACGGCAGGCCUCUUGCCCUUGCUCUGGCCAGCCGGAAACGCGUUGGUGGUCUCUCAAAGGCCUACCAAAAUUAUUGGAACCGCUGCUUUGCCUCGUUCAGCCGAUUCCAUGCUGCCCAUUGUGAUAGCUUGAUUCCCACCGUCAUUCAUCAUGCCCGUUUAGUGUCGGAAGAGAAAGCCAUUUCCUUGAGCGAGAAGCGAAAUCUGCCCUUUAUCUCCAAGAGUGGGAGAAAUUGUUGUGCCGGGAAGAGUGUUGCACAGGGGAACGGAAGCGUGAGGAAAGCUGCAGCGCCGAGAAAAGGCAAGCUCUCAAGAAAGGUUGCCUUGCCCGAGUCCUUACAGCAGCAGCCUACGGCUUCCGGCAGCAGCGAGCGAGCAGUUCUAACAGCUUCAUCUCCUCACAGUACUUUCCAAAGUAAAGGCAAGGGUAAGGGGUUUUCCGUGACCCCGAAACGUCGAAGCAUGCGUAUUCUUGAAACGCGGUUUGCUAAUACCCGAAAGAAUAAGGGUGAAGACUCGGGACCCAAAGUAGUGGUGACGGUUGAUGAUAACAGUGAUGAUGAUAGGGAUGCGACGGCGCUGCGGGAACUGAGGCUAACAUUCAUGAGCAAGAGAGUGCUCACGAUACGAGUGGCAUGGACGAGGACUUUGAUGAAGGCCCAAUACGAUAGUCACGACGAAGACACCUAUCCGGCUUUCGGCACUAGCUUGGGGGAGUUCGAUGACCCAGAUACGACUCCCGCUUUGACUGGCGAUCAUGGACAGCGUGUCGAUAUUGAACUGGUAUCAAAUAUCCCUCUUGCUUGUUUUGCUUCGGAAUAUUGA